AUGGCCAAGAUUCCGAGCUUCAAGUAUGCACUUCUUUUGAGCUGUUCAAUAACUCUGAAUGUUUUGUCUCUUAAUCUGUUAAUGCAUAGAGGGUGGGAACAAAGUUGGACCAAAACAGCAGCAGAAGAAGCAGAAGCUGUUGCUUCGAUUUCAUGUUCAGGCCAUGGAAGGGCAUUCUUGGAUGGCUCAUCUGGUGUUGAUGGUAAACCUGUUUGUGAAUGUUAUGCCUGUUUUAAAGGUCCUGAUUGCUCUGAGGCUAUUCCAGAUUGUGAGGUGGACGCAGAUAGUGGAGACCCCAUUUUCUUGGAGCCCUUCUGGUUGAAACACGCAGCAAGCAGUGCUAUCUUGGUGCCUGGAUGGCAUCGUAUGAGCUACGAAUUCAAUGAUGGUUCCCUCAUCUCAAAAGAGCUGGAGACUCAAAUCCGCAAACUGCACACUGUAGUUGGGAAUGCAAAGACAGAUGGAAGAUAUAUUAUUUUUGGUGCAGGAGCAACCCACCUUCUUAAUGCAGCAGUGCAUGCCCUUUCCUCUUAUAACAAUCCAUCUUCACCUUCUAGGGUUGUAGCUUCAGUCCCUUACUACCCAGUUUAUAAAGAGCAAACAGAAUUUUUCCAGUCUGAAGAUUACAAGUUCAGCGGAGAUACUUUGUCUUGGAAGAACAGUGUGGAUUCCUCGAGCAAGUAUAUUGAGCUUGUGACGUCGCCGAACAAUCCUGAUGGUGGAUUGAGGAAAGCAGUACUUCAAGGAGAAUCAGUAAAGACAAUUCAUGAUUUUGCUUACUAUUGGCCUCAUUUUACACCAAUCCCAGCUCCAGCUGAUGAGGACCUCAUGAUUUUUACACUUUCCAAGCUCACUGGCCAUGCUGGCAGUAGAUUUGGAUGGGCAAUAAUAAAGGAUGAGGCUGUAUAUCAAAGAAUGGUAACAUAUAUGAGUCUAAGUACGUAUGGUGUUCCUAGAGAAACUCAGUUACGAGUUCUUAAGCUCCUGAAAGUCGUUCUUAAUAAAGCAGAAGGAAGAGAAAUAUUUGAAUUUGGACUCGAAACAAUGAGGAACCGAUGGAAAGAAUUGAGCAGAACUUUAUCAAUGUCGAGACGGUUUUCCAUUCAAGAAUUCAAUCAUCAGUAUUGUUCCUUUUCCAAGAAAGUUAGAGGACCUUCUCCAGCUUUUGCAUGGCUGAAGUGUGAAAGAGAAGAAGAUGAAGACUGUUUCAGAACCCUGAAAUCAGCAGCCAAUAUAAGUGGCCGCCGAGGCGACUUGUUUGGUGCAGAAAGCUGCUAUGUGCGUCUCAGCCUUGUCAAGAGCAAAGAUAAUUUUGAUUUAUUACUUCAAAAGAUGGAAAUGUUAGUGCUGCAAGAAAAUCAAAUUAAACUCUUGGAGGAUAAAACAAGUAGCAGAAGCAAUGCUUCCACAGUUUUCAGCGUUGGACAUCAUUUUCUUAUUGGAAAUUCACUUGUUUGGACUACGCCCUUAUCAUGAUACACAAUUUUUUGAUUUUUGGAUCAUCAAAAGAGUUUACAAAUUCCGAAAUAUUUUUUUA